UUCGCUUUACUUGCUCCUUCCUCUGCCUAUGAUUCAGAGCGCAUUUAAUUUUCUGUUCUCUCCUCUCUCUCAUGGAUUUUCUUCUUCAUCCUCCCAACCCCAUUUCCAAAAUGAUAUCUUUCAUCACUCAGCUCACUCUCUUGUCAUUCCUCACCUUCGCAACAGCUCAGUCCAGCACUUGCAGAACCUCUUGUGGUGGAAUUCCCAUAAACUACCCUUUCGGCAUCGACGAUGGAUGUGGAAGCCCAUAUUACAGACACAUUCUGGUUUGCUCCGAUUCAGGGAAACUCGAGCUCAGAACCCCAUCCGGGAGAUACCCUGUUCGUAACUUGAGCUAUUCUGACCCACACAUUCUGGUUUCGGAUCCCCUCAUGUGGAGCUGUGAAGAUGGUGAGCAUUUUCGACCCACUAGGCCAUUUAGCCUAGACACAAGCACCCAUUUCAAGCUCUCCCCACAAAACGAAUACUUAUUCUUCAAUUGCAGUGAAGAUCACGUGAUCAUGGAACCAAAGCCUAUAUUCUGUGAGCAUUUCCCUGAGCAUUGUGAUUCUUCCUGUGAUAGUGCUAGCUAUCUUUGUAGGCACCUUCCUGGGUGUGCUUUUGCUUUAACUGGGAGUUCUUGCUGUUCUUACUACCCAAAAGCCACUGAAUCUUUGAGGUUGAUGCUUAAGUAUUGUACCAGUUAUGCUAGUGUGUACUGGAGAAACGUGGGUGCUCCUCAACCGUAUGAUCAAGUGCCUGAGUAUGGAAUCAGAGUUGAUUUUGACAUACCAGUGACCACAAGAUGCCUUCAGUGUCAGGAUCCCUUGAAAGGAGGUGGAACUUGUGGGUUUGAUACACAGAAACAGAAUUUCUUGUGCCUGUGUAAAGAUGGAAAUUCCACUACCCAUUGCAAAGAUCAUGAUAUUGCAAGGCACAAUAAGAUGGUUCAUGUGGUUGCAGGGACAGUUAGUGCGGUUUCAGCUGCAGGGGCAAUUGGAGUUGGAGCUGGAAUUUGGUACUUGAAGAAAGCGAGAGCCAAAGCACCAGUCACUUGUGGAGUUCAAAGCAACGAGAAUAGGCUUUUCUGAAUAUUGACCAGCCAAACGCUGAGGAUCAUACACAUAUACCUUCUUUCAUUUCUAGUUUUUUAAUUGAGCUAUAUAUAUAUGUAUUUAUACAACACUUGGUGGGUAGAGGCCAUUAUAAUGCUUCUUAUGGAGUUUCUUCCCAAUUUUCCCCACUUACUGAUUGGCAUCUUUGUGAUUCUUAUGGUGAUGAUUGUAGAAAAGACUCUGUCGAACAAUAUCUUCACACUUAUUUAUAUAAACAAUUCUUCA